AACCGCGAGCGGUGCUAAACAAGUGUCUUGUGAAAAAUUAAAUUGAAAAAAUCUAAAACUUUGCAAAAAUGCGUCUCUUCGUCGUAGCAAUCGCACUCUUCGCCGUCAGCGCCACAGCCGCGCCUCAAUAUGGAUACGAACCCGCCAGCAGUGGUGGCUUGGCCGUACGCAGCGGCGGUAAUGGUGUCGUCCUCGGCGGCAGCGGUGGCGUUGCAUCCGGUAUUGGUGGCGGUGCCAUCGGUAAUGGUAACUCGCUCAACCAUGGCAGCGGCCGUGGUGGUGACAAAUACUUGCCUCCCGAGUCCGAGCAACAGGCACCACUCAUCAACAAACAAUUCUACACCAUCUCCGCACCCGAAGAUAACGCCACCAAAUCCAAGCACUUGGUUUUGGGCAAACCACAAAAGAAUUUCCGUGUGAUCUUCAUUAAGGCGCCAACACCCGAUAAUGUCAAAUACUCCGCUGAAUUCGCGCCACAAGAAGAGAAGACCGUCAUCUAUGUGUUGCACAAGAAGGGUGAAGAUAUCGAUGCCGCCAACAUUGGCACACCAGCACCAACUGUACCCAGCAAACCAGAGGUCUUCUUCAUCAAGUACAAGACACCCGAGGAGGCACAACAGGCGCAAAAGGAAAUUCAGGAACAAUACGAUCAAUUGGGCGGCAAUAACCAAUUCGGUGAAGACACCGCUCCCAUCACCUCGGUCGUUGGCGCUUUGGACAGUCUUAACCCUGAUGGCAGCUACAACUAUCGUCAAGUGAACGGUGGCAGCGCCAAUUUGGCAGAGCCCCAACAGCCCAGCUCACAAUAUUUGCCAUCUUUUUUGAAGGUUUAAUUGGAAUUUGAUAUGAGAAUUUACGACCUACAUGGAAUUUAGUAUUUAGUUAGCAAUGUUGAUUAAUAGUUAAGCGGAAUCUGUGACAAAAGCAUAUUCGUUGUAUGCGCGCACAUUCUUUGUUAUGUCUUUUAUUUUUUUUAUUGUUAAAUGUUGUUGUUAUUUUUUGUUAAAUAAAUUGAAAUCGAAAAUCA